AUCUCAUGAUCAAUCAAGUUAAACAUCCAGAUGGAUAAAUUUCAACCCUUGGAUCUAGGGUUUUGAUUUUCUAGUAUCCCAUCUUUUGCCGCACCAAUAGUAUAUAAAUGGACUCGGACCGUAACAGUUGCAGGGCUUUCAUUGGAGCUUAGGGUUUUAGAUAGAGAGAGAAAGAGUGAGAGGUUAAAGAGACGGCAUUGGCAGUCCGCCUUGACAAAGGCCCCUUUGUCUUGGCCCUCUACUUAUUCUAACAAAUCUAAGGGUUUGUAGAAUUUGUAGGCUUCUCCUUCUUCAUUUCCUGUAAAUCUUACGGUUUUCUUCAGUUUUGACUCUCCAUUUUCGACCUCAAAGAUAGAUCUGUAUCUAUUGUCACUUUUGGUACUUUAGGGCUUUUUUUUUCGCUAUUUUGAGAUGGCUGUGAAGACUUCGAAGGCUGAGAAGAAGGUCGCUUAUGAUCAAAAGCUUUGUCAAUUAUUGGAUCAGUACAGUCAGGUUUUGAUUGUUGCUGCUGACAAUGUGGGAUCGAACCAGUUGCAAAAUAUUCGCAAGGGUCUUCGAGGUGAUUCAGUGGUUUUAAUGGGGAAGAACACAAUGAUGAAGAGGACCAUCAGGCUUCAUACUGAGAAGACAGGCAACAAUGCUUUCCUGAACCUUAUUCCUCUCCUUGUUGGAAACGUAGGCCUGAUCUUCACUAAGGGUGAUUUGAAGGAAGUCAGUGAAGAGGUUGCUAAAUACAAGGUUGGGGCCCCUGCUCGUGUUGGAUUGGUUGCGCCUAUCGAUGUUGUUGUUCCACCUGGCAACACAGGAUUGGAUCCCUCUCAAACUUCUUUCUUCCAGGUUCUCAACAUUCCCACAAAAAUUAACAAGGGAACUGUUGAAAUCAUCACCCCUGUCGAGCUCAUCAAGAAGGGGGAGAAGGUGGGUUCCUCUGAGGCUGCCUUGCUCGCGAAGCUUGGUAUCAGGCCCUUCUCGUAUGGGCUUGUGGUCCUCUCUGUCUAUGACAAUGGCUCAGUCUUUAGCCCUGAGGUUCUUGACCUGACGGAGGAAGAUCUUAUCGAGAAGUUUGACAUUGGUGUUUCCAUGGUGACUGCAUUGUCCCUGUCCAUCUCUUACCCUACUUUGGCAGCUGCACCUCAUAUGUUCAUCAAUGGCUACAAGAAUGCCUUGGCAAUUGCUGUUGCCACUGAUUAUACCUUCGCACAGGCUGAGCAAGUGAAGGAGUACCUCAAGGAUCCAACCAAGUUUGCAGUUGCAGCCGCCCCCGUCGCUUCUGAGGCUGCUGCUUCAGCACCUGCCGGUGGAGCUGCCCCAGUGGAAGAGAAGAAGGAAGAACCUGCUGAGGAAUCUGAUGAUGAUAUGGGCUUCAGUCUUUUCGACUGAGCGAAUACACAUCACUGACUCUCAUAUUGCAAAUGGGUUUUUUUAUGAGGUUUAGAAUUUGCCUUGGACUGUUAUUAUGCAUCUUGGCCUUCGAGUUUCACUGCCGUUUUGGAGUUAUUGAGAUAUUAGAGGAUGAGGACACUUAGCUAUAUUUUUUGGCAUUUGAUUUCUUUUGGUUCAGUUUGGUUUCUAAAUACUUUUAGUUGCCAAGGAAAUUAUAGGAACUCAAGUAGAAUCUUUUUAUCAUGAGCAUGGAUUCAAUUUUGAGACUCAAAAAUAAUGGUUGCGACUCU